AUGGGAGGCAACAAUUCCAAGUUGAUUAAUUCUAAUGGCGGAGAUGUAUUGCCGGCAAAGAUUCGUCCUCUUCUCGGACAAAAAAUUGAAGAGUUUAAAAAACGUAGAAGUAAUGUGCAAGAAGAAGACACUGAGCUUUCGAAGAAACAGCUUUUGAAGGACAAUGAUGGAACCUCUCAUGAACAGUCUUCUGAUCAAAAUGAAGUUUCCAAAGAAACUCAACUGAAAAAAGAACAGCCAACGGUAGUACGUGCAGUGGCGGUUGAAAAACUCUCUCAAGUUGUUCCAUUGCCGGUUUCUGGAUGCGGAGAGAAGAAGGAGAAGGAGGAUGAGGAGCAGAAAGAACAAAAAGAUCAUGAUGGAAAAAUAGAUAAAGAUGUUGAAACGAAAAAUGCCAAGGUAAAGAGUGAAUUAUCUGUGCAAGAAAAUAUACAUGAAAAACAUGACAUGGAGGAUGAAGAAAGGGAAGAGGAAGAGGAAGACGAAGACGAAGACGAAGACAAGGAUGAUAUUGGAAGACGUAUAGGUCCUGGAUCGCCGAGUUUUAAAAUAUAUUGCGUUGAGAGCGAUGAGAAAAAAGAACAAGAAUUAAAUGACACAAAUGCUGGCAACGAGCAAAUACUAGAGAAAGUGGAUGAAAACACUGUCGUGCACAACAAGUCACAAAGUACUGACAGCGACGAAAGCGAGGAGGCAUCUGAAUCGGAGAACGUAAGCAACCCGAACGAGGUUGUUAAAGAGACAACAUCGAAGAAAAAAGGACAUCAUAAGAGAAAGAAGCUUGAGGCAAUGAAGAAAAAUCUACUCAAUGUUAAGAAUUUACAAAAGAAUAGAAUGAACCGAAUGAUGGGUUGUGCUGGAAAUGACAGAAGAAGUCUUAUUGCGGAUAACUGA